CAAUUGCCGAGAAAGUUGAGGGCGGAGAGAUGAUGUGAUCACCGCUCGCCCGAGAUAUCGUCGCUUGCUUUCGUACUACACGCACGCAAGACCAGACUGGGAGGCCAAGCAAGGACUGCUCGCCCGGCAAGGCUCAGAUUUUGACUAUCAGCCGUGAUCAAAAGGCGACGAGGGACCGAGAACGACAGCAGGAGGGAACCAUGGCGCCCCACGCUGCGGCUAGCGGUGGUACGCCCGCCACCCCAGCUGGCAUAGAUAAGGGAGGAUCCGCCGGCUCCAGUGAUGCUCGUCACAACGGCCGAGGUCCCGUAGCUCAUUCCGCAGUCAACGGCCGCAGGAGACUCAAACGUGUCGCAAUUAUCGGCGGUGGCUCAGCCGGGAUUGUUCAAGCCCAGCAGCUGCACCACCUCUCACACGCAGCUGAUAGCGAGGUGGCGUUCGAGAGGACAAUCUACGAGCGCAGACCUAAGUUGGGGGCCGGAUUGUGGAUGUGUGACCAAGAGCCGGGGGAAUGUAUCAUCAGGUGGGAUGAGCAUGGUAGAGGUUGGCCUACCUCGGGACCUUCGGAGGGAAAAGGCGAGGGUGAAGAAGAUAGACGGUGGCCGAUCGGAGCAAUGUACGAGGGCCUCCGUACCAACAUACCCUGCGACCUCAUGAGCUACAGAGACUACCCUUUUCGGCCUCGCGAUGUAUCAGGUGCCUUCCCCUCGCGGAGCGAGGUGGAGGAGUACUUGAUUCGUUUUGCCGCAGACUGCGAGGAGAGCGGAGCACUAGGCGGCGAUAUCAGGCUGAAUACGGCGGUCACCAAGCUGCGUCGAUUACGAGGCCCAGCGCACGACGAUGGACAAGAAGGCGAGGGGUCUACGUGGCAGAUAGAAAGUCUUGACCUCGAGGCAGGCGUAAGAAGCGUCGACGAGUACGACUGCGUCGUGAUCGCAAAUGGCCGAUGCAAUGUUCCCUCACUUCCUCCCAUACCUGGUCUGUGGAACUUCACCUCCCCCAAUGCCAACGCUCACCGUACCAACAAGCCUUCUCGCAAGCUCCUCCACUCCGCAUGGUAUCGCACCCCGCAUUCCUUCUCUUCCUGCAAGCGCGUAGUCAUCGUCGGCAACUCCUCAUCCGGAAUGGACGUGGCGAGAGAGUUGAGAGGGUACAUCGUUCGUUCUGAGGCAGAGAUCCUCGGGGGUGGGAAGGAAGAGUGGAUUCAGCAGGUGAAGCGGGGUGAGGGACCAGAGGUCAUCAACUCGAUCGAGGAUUUGGCCAAGCCGCCCGCUAUGGACUAUGAUCCUCUCGACGAGCAUAGCCCCGCCUGGAGCAAAGGGAUCAAAGUGGUUCCACGCAUCAGAAGAGUGGAGAAGGACGGGACCCUCCUACUGGAGGACGAGACGCGACUGGAGGACGUGGAUGCCAUCGUGUUUGCUACGGGCUUCAACGUAAGCUACGAGUUCGUGGACUACAGCGAGGAGCCGUUCGGGAGAUACCCGCUUGUGCCAGCGCUUCCAAAGAGGGAGAUAGUGGGCGGCCAAGAGGAAGAAAAGGCCCUCCAACGAGCUCGAUGCGAGGCUGCGCAGGGCCACGAUGCCCCACCUCACACAGCCUCGCUGUCACCCUGGUCAACACCCUGUGCACCGGGCCCUGCCAACUUGGACGACUGGCUACUCCUCUACUCUCCCGACGACUCACUGGGCAUACUUGGCCUGCCCACGGGCGUCGUACCCUUCGUGUUCACACACGCUCAGGCGAGGUACAUUGCGUCUUAUUGGGCGGGGAAGGCGCGCAAGUUGCCUGCAUUGAGUCGGAGUUUAGCGAUGAAUGAUCCUGAGAGGUGGAAGUCGAGGAUCAGUAAGGACGUGGAGGAAGGAGAGAGAGAUGAGAGUGGGGUGAGGGGAAAUCAGGGACCGAUGCCGCUCGUCUUCGGGUCGCCGAGCGAUUUUGAUUAUGUGGAUGCGCUUUUGGAGCAUAUCGAUGGGGCGGGCCAUGACCCCACUGCCCAGGGAGGCGAACAGAACAGGGCUAGCACCACAGCCGGAGAGCUACCAGCCGAUGCUGCGCAGGCUGAGCGCUAUUGGAGAGAGACGACGGAGGCCAACUUGCGAGAGGGCCGCGAGGAGUGGUACCGCGUUAAAGGGUGGAGGCGGGCGCGGCGAAAGGAAAACAAGACGCUGAGAAGGCUAACUCUGGGCUACUAGAUGCAAGUCGCGACAUUCGACCUUCUUUCUCGUGCUUGUACUGCAAUAGAAGCCCGCUCUGCCAUGCUUGCCGUAGAAUGUAGC